AUGGCUCUCAUCCUUUGGGUUAUUGCCGGUGCAAUCUCAACGUGUGGAGCAAUGGUCAUGCUCGAGUUCGGCACGAUCAUCCCUAGAUCUGGAGGCAUGAAGAUCUAUCUCGAGCGAUCUUUCUCGCCGAAAUUAUUAAUGACCUGCAUCUAUCUGUUCUACUGCAUCUUCCUGCAGGUAUCUGCAAGUAAUGCGAUUACCUGCGCAUCAUAUCUUCUCAAAGCUGCCGGUGUUGAAUCGACAACAUGGAAGCUGAGAGGAUUAGCUAUUGCAGCCACUGCAUUUGCGGUGGGAAUACACACCGUCGUCCCCCGAGUGGGUAGAGGCUUGCAGGAUAUGAUGAGUGCAGUCAAGCUCUUCAUUCUUUUCUUUAUCGUCUGUACUGGAUUUGCAGCGCUCGGUGGCCAUCUCAACGUGCCUAAUCCACACAACUUUGAUCUCUCCACGUCUUUUCAGGGAACUUCAAGCAAUGGCUAUAAUAUUGGUACAGCGUUGUUAGAUGCUAUAUUCUCGUUCCAGGGAUAUGACAAUUUGAACAUGGUUCUUUCCGAAGUCAAAAAUCCCAAGAGAACCCUUAAAAUUGCGCUUCCGACUGCAAUGGGUAGCAUCACGGUGCUUUAUGUUCUCGCAAAUAUCGCAUAUUUUGCUGGCGUUUCAAGGGAAGAGUUCAAGGCAUCCGAUCUUACAAUCGCCGCAUCGCUGUUCAAAAACGUCUUCGGCGAGUCGGCUGCAUCAAAGGCACUCCCAGCAUUAGUUGCCUUAUCCGCUAUUGGUCAUCUCCUGGGGAUUGCUUUCACAGUCCCUCGGGUUAUUCAAGAAAUAGCAAAAGAUGGCAUCAUGCCCUUCCCAAAUAUCAUUAUGCAGAACCGCCCUUUCCGAACACCCAUUUCGGCAUUGGCAAUUCAUUUAGGAGUGACAAUUAUAUUCAUAUGUGCGCCCCCAGCAGGCGACGCGUUUGAUUUUAUAAUCAGUCUGAGCUCUUAUCCAACGGUUUUACUCCUUACCGCAGUCACUUUUGGAUUGAUUAAGCUGCGUUGGUCAAAGGACGAAGACUCUGGAUCUGCCUUCAAAGUUCCGUGGGCUGUUCUUGCAUUUUACCUGGCAGCAAAUAUUUUCCUCCUCGUCAUGCCAUUUGUUCCGCCGCCUAAUGGAAAGGGCAGUACCAGUUUGCCUUAUUGGCUAUCACCAGUAGUUGCAAUAGCAAUCCUUACCCUCGGUAUCAUUUACUACGCUGGCCGAUUUGUUUUGCUGCCGUGGAUCUUCGGCUAUAAUCUUGAGUUGACAGCUACUGACCUCAGUGAUGGGUCGCAAGUUUCGCGGUACAAAAUGAUCAAAAAGUAA